AUGCACUUCCAGUCGCGUUUAUCCACAACCACCGUCCACGAACUCCUGGUCGCCGAUGACUGCGCCCUCAAUCCAACUACUGGAGGAGACAUGCAAAAGAGCAUGGGUCUCCUGUACGCGGCCUGCGACAACUUUGGCCUGAUCAUCACCGCGGAGAAGACGGCCGUCAUGCACCAACCGCCACCCAACACUGCCCAGAAUGCGCCGCAAAUCAGCGUGAACGGAACCCAACUGCAAGUGGUGGACAACUUCAUGUAUCUGGGCAGCACAUUCUCCCGCAGCACCAAAAUCGUCAAUAAAGCGGCCCGCCGGAUUCCCAAGGCCAGUCAAGCCUUCGGUCGUCUUUAAAACACAGUUUGGAAUCGUCAUGGUCUUCAACUCAUCACGAAAAUGAAAACGUAAAAGGCCGUCAUCCUACCGACGUUGCUGUAUGGAGCAGAGACCUGGACGGCGUACAUGAAGCAGGCACGCAGACUCAACUGCUUCCAUCUCAGUUGUCUUCUUCGAAUACUGAAGAUGAGGUGGCAGGACUGGAUCCCGACACGGAUGUGCUGGAGCGGACGGGAAUCUUCAGCAUCUACACUAUGCUAAGACAACUAAAACUAUGCUGGAGCGGCUAACCCUGUACGGAUGGGCGACGAGAGAUUGCCGAAACGAUUCUUCUAUAGAGAUGUCGUGACGGGUUCACGCCGACAAGAAGGUCACGUCCGGCGACACAAGGAUACUCGGAAAACCUCCGUGAAGGGUCUGCUGAUAACCCGGCAAACCGGGAAGACCUCGCCCGUGACCGAUCUACGUUGAGAAUAGUGGAGACUGGCGCAGCAAUCUUCGAAGCCAACCGCAUCAUCGCCGCCAAAACCAAACGCGAGAUCCGCAAAUCUCAACUGCCGCCGUCGCCGUCAAAUCCCAACUGCUUUCAACGUGUCCACGUUGUCAACGGACAUUCCGGGCGCCAAUUGAACUUGUUGGACACCUCUGGACCAAGUGCGACACCCGGACUGCACCAACCGAAGUUUCUCUGCCCACCUCCCCCUCAUCUCCCACGCCGUCAACUAACGUUGAUCGUCCUCCAGAACCAUCACUACCAUCAUCCUCCUCCUCCUCCACCACCAGCUGAAAGUUUGCCGCUGUGGCGUCUGCCAUGUCCACCAACACUACACACAAUCCGUACACACCAACAAUACCACCAUAAGCACCAAUGAUGAGGAACUGGUCAUAACCUGUCCUCAUUGCGAUCACGCCUUCACCUCACACAUCGGCCUGGCCGGUCAGCAGCGAAUUCAUCGCACAGAAGCUGGCGAAUCGGUGCCUGGAGCACCAACCUACACUCGUCGCAUUCGCCUCCACUGUCCACACAUGCGCAUCCACGAGAGCGGAAUAGACCGCAGCACCGACACGCCUGGACCAUCCAGCACACCCACCAUGACUAGCCCCGCCCACACUCCACCACCCAACGCGCCCACCGCCACCAGUUCCAUCACAGUCAGUACAUCGUGCACACCCACCAUGCUUAGUCCAACCCGCACCAUCGCCAUUGCCGAAGCUGAUACUGACACCACCUACUUCUCAUGUCCACACUGUCCCCGUAUAAUUACCUCACGCAUCGCCUGGUCGGUCACUUACGAAUCCAUAGGACAGACUGAUGAACCUGUGCCUGGAGCACCAACCACACUAGCUGCAUCCGCCUCCACUGUCCACAUUGCCCUCACCACAUAG